AUGUAUGGCGGCGGAUCCGAUACGACUGUUGCGAUCCUAGAGGGCUUCUUCCUGGCAAUGAUGGUGUUUCCUGACGUUCAACGCAAGGCUCAAGCCGAGAUGGACAAUAUAAUUUGUUAA